AUGAAGAAGAAAUAUGAUAAAUAUUGGGGAAAUCAUGAGAAGCUUAACAUGUUGUUGUUGGUUGCUCUAGUAUUCGACCCUAGGCGCAAGAUUAGAUUGGUCGAUUGGAUGGUAAGGCGAUAUUAUAAUAAGGAUGACACUGACGCCUUGAAAGCAAAUUUAGAGUCUAGCUUGAAAUCUAUUUAUGAGGAAUAUUGUGUUGGAUUUAUGCCUCCUCAAGGUAAUUCAGAUGAGUUGCAAGUUUUUGGUGGUGUUAGUGAUCCUUAUGGAACUGCUGAGUUCUAUCUUUCAGAAGGGUGUGACAAUGCGGAUAAUGAGUUAACUACUUAUCUUGGAGGGAAGUUAGAGCAUAACAUGGAGAUAAAUGUUCUAGAGUGGUGGAAAGUGAACUCUGGCCGAUAUCCCAUCCUUUCAAACAUUGCAAGAGACAUGCUGGCUAUACCUAUAAGCACAUUGGCUUCUGAAUCUGCAUUCAAAUUACUUUAUACUGAAGAUGGUGCUAGCUGUUCAACCUCUUCAACUUCUGUUACACUCGAAGAUGAUUUAACAGUAAAGAAUUCUAAACAUUAA